AUGGCGGCAGCGCUAAAAGACGUCCCGGUCGACGCCCUCCACAUUGAAAAAAGAUCGUCCACCGCCGUCGAUGCCACAGUCGGCGUGUCGGAAUUCAGACAAGCCCAUGCCCUGGACACCAUCGAGUACACCAAACCUGGAGCGUUCGUCUGGUUGUGUGCGGCAGCCACGGCCAUUGGAGGCAUGCUCUUUGGUUAUGAUACGGGUGUCAUCAGUGGUGUCCUAGUGGUAAUAGGCAAGGACCUUGACAACAAAAAGCUAUCGAGUUCGGAGAAGGAGUUGAUCGUCACUCUGUGCGCUGCCGGUGCUUGUAUUGGAGCUAUUAUUGCGGAUAUCACUGCCGAUAAAUUCGGUAGGAAGCCUGCUACCUGGUUUGCUUCGAUUCUCUUUACGCUCGGUGCGCUCAUUCAAGCCACUGCAUACAGCAUUGCUCAAAUGUCGGUCGGACGCACCCUUAUUGGUCUCGGUGUUGGCUCAGCUUCCAUGAUUGUCCCACUUUACAUUGCCGAAAUCUCACCUGCUCGCUUCCGAGGUAGAAUGAUCUCCGUUGACAUGAUUUUCCUCGGAACCGGUUCUGUCCUCGCCUACGUCUUUGACGCCGCCUUUGAACACUCCCCUCACGGCUGGCGAUACAUGAUUGGUCUUGAGGCUAUCCCGUCUAUCUUGCUCGGCCGCAAGGAGUGUGCGAGGGUCAUCCGCCGGAUAUACCCCAAUGAAAUCGAGCAUCAGAUUGCCGACAAAGUGCUCUCGAUUGAGAUUGGUAUCACCCAAGUCAAAGCCCUCUACGAAGAAAUGACCAUGGCUAAAACACUGAAAGCCCUGUUCUUCUUUCGUUCGAACCUUCGCCCCUGUAUCGCAGCCUGCGGUCUCAUGUUGUUUCAGCAGAUGUGCGGCUUCAACACUCUCAUGUACUAUUCGAGCACGCUUUUUGCUAUUGUCGGCUUCAGCAACCCCAUUGCGGUCGGGACCACUGUAGCCUACGUCAACUGGCUCUUCACCGUCACAUCAAUCUUCUUGAUCGACCGCGUUGGUCGUCACCAGUUGCUCCUUUGGACGAUGUGGGGAAUGCUCGUGUGCCUCCUCCUGGCCGCCAUAUCGUUCCACUGGGUCCCGAUUGACCGGGAGACGCUUCAAGUGACGUCGGACAAUCUUGGCUGGUCUGCGAUCUUGGUCCUGGUCGCUCGCCAUGAUUCUCUUUGUCGCUUUCUAUGCCGCAGGACUCGGGUGCGUCCCAUGGCAGGCGAAUGA